AUGGCUUCAGGUGACGACCUACCUCCUGCCAUCCGUGCAAAGGCUGAGUACGGUGAGCUUCUGGACCUUUUCAUUGCUGCCGGUGGAUGUUGGGCGGACUGCAGCUUGGUGCAAAACUCAGUCAGUGCAGAGAACCGCCUAAUUUCUGGUGGCCAAAAGUACAAACGCUUCAAAGACAUCGUCGCUGAAGAAGGUGAAGAUCAUGCUAAGAGCUUGAGGGACAUGAAGAAGGAGCAGCAAGCUAAGCAAGGGGAUCUUCAUCCUGGAGUUCCGUUUUGGUACUGCCACCCAGACUGGCCUACGAGCCCUGACAUGGAGUUGUUUCUCUGCUUUGAUGAAGCCAAAGUGAACUCAUCAAAUGCUACAUCGACAAGUACGCAGCAGCAAACUUCCAUGGCAAUCGAUGGCAAUCUUGCGAGUGAUCUCCGGUUUGCGGCUCCGACGCUGGCGGUGGAUCCAACAGGCAGUGGCAGGGCAUUGCAGCCGACGCAGAGCAUGGAGAGCCUGCCGGAUUCGAUGAAUCCCAAAGGGAAAGGAAAAAACAAAGGAAGGAGCCGCAAGGGGGAUGAUGAAGAGAACCCUAACCCACCGAAGAAGACAGCGAAGCCUAACUUUACGGGGAAAGCCAAUGCCAAAGUGAAGAAUGGUCGCACCACCAAUACGGAGGCGAAAUUCUGGCUACGCAAAAUCCAGGCUGACAAGAACCAGUCGGAGGAUGGCAAGCGCAAAGUGUCAAAGGAGCUGGCUGAUGGCUACCUGUCACAGAUCACUCUCUACCAGGGCCCUGUGGAUAUCGCCACUGAUGCCCUCGACAUGAAGUUGAUCGAAGGGGCCAAAGAUGAAGCUUCGCUGAAGCCGCUCAUGGAGGCCUUGGAUGCGGCUUUGGAGGACUUUGCUACAGCCUUGCGGCCGAUCAAAGCCAUCUUUGCAACUUUGUUGCACUCAUAUUCUGAAUGUACAUAG